GCGGUGAGGUUGGAGAGAAGUGAUGCUUGGGGGGGUCCUCAGCGCAGAGCACGCACGGUGGACGAGCGGCGAGCGGGAGCGCGCGUAUAGGAAGGAAGGGAAGGAAGGAGCUGAGGCAGAUCAGUCGCCAGCGGAGCCCAAGACGGCGGAUGAACGGAGUCGAGCGUGUGUGUCGCCCUUGUCGAUUUUUACAGCAGCUGAAAGCAGCGUCCGGCAGCGCGAAACCUGCCCGAAAAUGAUGCUCAAACUCGUCCAUUUCCUCGGGGUCCUCGUCUGCGGCAGCCAAGCCGCCCUGCAGGUGUCCAUAUCUUUGAACAAAGUGGAGUUAAGUGUUGGAGAGUCCAAAUUCUUCAUCUGCACAGCUAUUGGCGAGCCGGUGAGGCUGGAGUGGUACAACCCACAGGGCGAGCGCAUCGUGCCCUCCAAGCGGAUGGCACUCCACACGGAAUCAUCACGAUCCAGGCUCAUCAUUUACAAUGCAAUCAUCGAGGACGCGGGUAUCUACCGCUGCCAGGCCACAGACGGCAGCGGUCAUACCGAGGAGGCCUCGGUCGUGCUGGAGAUCUACCAGAGGCUGACUUUUCAGGAUGUUGAGUCACCACAGGAGUUCCGCUAUGGCGAGACAGCAGAGGUGGUGUGUGAUGUCAUUAGUUCACCUGUGCCCGUGGUGGUGUGGUACUACCAGGAUAAGGAAAUCACUGAGGAGCACCAUAGCAAGUUCCAGGUGCUGGCAAACAACAACCUGCAGAUCCAUCAGGUGACCAAGGCUGACGAGGGCGUGUACCGCUGCGAGGCGAGCGUAGAGGCCCGCGGUGAGAUCGAUUUUGUGGACAUCGCUGUGGUGGUCAAUGUGCCUCCGGUGUUGUCAGUGUCCCAGCAGUCCUUCAAUGCCACAGCUGACUACCAGGAAUCAGUCACCUUUACUUGCAUCACCUCUGGAUCUCCUGACCCUGUGGUCACAUGGCACAGGAAAGGGCAGCAGCUGGAGCCAUCAGAGCAGUACAUUUUCAACAGGCUGGAAGGUGGGCGCAGCAUGUUAACCAUCCGCAACAUCCGACAGGGCGAUGGAGGGACCUACUCCUGCAAGGCCUCAAACAAGGCAGGAUCUCAGGAAGGAGAGCUCUUCCUCAAAGUGUUUGUCCAGCCCCAUAUCACCCUGCUGAAAAACGUGACAGCCGUGGAGGGCAGCGCCGCCAUGAUCUCCUGCGUGGCUGAGGGCGAGCCUCUGCCCGACAUUUCCUGGAGGAGAGCCAAAGACGGCCAGCCCUUCGUGGACGGAGACAAGAGCCAGGACGGACGUUUUGAAGUCCGCGGUCGUCACGGCAAGUCGGUGCUGACAAUCAGCGGCGUGAGGCUCACCGACUUGGGUCGCUUUGACUGUGAGGCGCUCAGCAGGAUCGGAGGUCAUCAGAAGAGCAUGUUUCUGGACAUUGAGUACAUACCAAAGUUCCUGACCAAUCACACCAUCUAUUAUUCAUGGGAGGGGAACCCAGUGAACAUAAGCUGUGAUGUGAUGUCCAACCCUCCCGCCACAAUGCUGUGGAGGAGAGAGCGCUUCACCAUCUCUGCAGAGGGAACUGCCAACACGAGGGUACACAGCACAGAGGGCAAGUCUGUGCUGGAGGUGACUCCUAUGUCUGACAGGGACUUCGGCCGUUACAACUGCACAGCCAGGAACAACAUUGGCGUUCGAUACCAGGAGUUCAUUCUGGCCCAGGCAGAUGUACCAUCGAAUCCAUACUCAGUGCGUCUGUCAGCUGUCUCCCAGCGCUUGGCGACCGUCACCUUCAUGAAACCGGACUCACAUGGCGGCGUGCCCAUCAGCUACUACCUGGUCCAGUACAAGGAGGUGGGCUCACAGGACUGGAGGGACGUCAAGUCACACAGUGUCCAGACGACAGUGGUGCUGACAGGACUGGAGCCCAACACGACGUAUGAGGUUCGAGUGGCAGCUGUCAAUGGAAAAGGUCAGGGGGAGUUCAGCCACACGGAGACCUUCCAGACUUUACCCAUCCGAGAGCCGAGUCCGCCGGCGGUCCACGGGCAGAGAGGAAUGGGCAAGGCCUACAGGCUGGGGCUGGUCAAGCAGGAUGAUGGAGGGAUGCCCAUUGUGGAGUAUAUAGUCAAGUACAAGACUGACAAAGAGGAACAGUGGAUGACCAAGCUGGUUCCAGGAGUGAAUGAUUUUGCAAUGCUUCAGCCGCUGCAGUGGAACACAAGAUAUGAAGUGGAAAUCACAGCGCGCAAUGUUAAGGGCCUGUCGGAGCCGACCUUCUAUCAGUUCUUCAUGCCACAGAAACCUGACAUUACAGCAGAAUCCCUGUUCAGCGGCCUGGGGCUGGGGGCGGUGGUGGGCCUCGGCCUGGGAGCGCUGCUGCUGCUCCUCGUGCUGGUGGACGUCAGCUGCUUCUUCCUGCGUCAUUGCGGCCUGCUGAUGUGCAUCACACGCACGCUGUGCAGCAAGAAAACGGCCACCAGCGGCAAGGGCAAAGAAAUAGAGGAGGGCAAAGCCGCCUACCUGAAACUACCGCUGAAGGAAGAAAAUGGAAAAGAGUCUCUCAAGCCGGAUACGAUUGAAAUCAAAGUGCACAGUGACAACAGCAUCCACACAAAGCCUGACGACAGCAAAGCGUAAAAAAAAGAAAAAAAAGGGUCGGUCCUCUUCGCCACCAAAAGAACAUUCGGAUCACGAGACCAAAACCCAGAGAAACUACAACACUGGAAAAUAGUGGAGUUAAAUACCAUAUCUGUUUAUAACAAUGCCCCAGUGAAAGGCAUGUGUAAAUACAAAUAAUAGAGAGAAAAUACAAAGGAAGAAAGGGUCAACCUUUUAGACACCCUGAGUGAUAAAUGUAUCAUGUUCUUAUAAACAUGGCAUCAGUGGAAGGCUCUUGUUGAUCAAUGAUUGUAGAUUAUUUUUUUGCUCUUAUUUGUCUCACUUUUUGUUAUGUGUUUUUCUGACUAUGCUCUUUAUUUUUACAAUCCACGAGACUUUCCUGCAGUUAAAUGAUGAUAAAUCGCCUCCUUCUAUGACUUCUCAUACAAAAGACACAAUCACAAACACAGGCGUAAGCUAGUAUGCUAGUGUGCCCCUAAGCUCACACCGCUAACGCUCUUGCUCCCCCCCCAACCCCCCCGUCAGAGCGAAUGCAUGGGCCGACCCCUGGCUGCUGCGGUGCCCCAGUGAUUUAAACCCAAUCGCCUGUUUCCAUGCCUGAGUGUUAGACUACAGCGACCCUUUUUAUGCCUUUGAUAGCCAAGUUAGGUGGUUAUGGCUAAUGAGAGCCAAACGCUGUGGCAUUGUGUUUCAAUAACAAAAGAUGAACCACUCCUAAUGAGAUUUGAGGCUUCAGGUAAACGUAACUACAGGUUCUUGCGAGAGGUAUUUAACAUUUAAAGUGUGGAAAUUUUAUAUCAAACAGGACCUAAUUAGAACUUGUUAUUUGAUGAUUAAUGUCGUCUGAAGGGCUGUUGUGGAUUAUAGUUUGUGUUACAGGAAAACAAGCUUAAAAAAAUCUUGACAAAAAGAAAGAAUGUGUUGCAGUCUAUGGAGUAUACAGUAUAAUACCACACAUGUGCAUUGAUGUCACUGUUGGCAAAGCCUUUUAUAUUGACACUGAAUAUUGUUGACAUUCUUCAACUGUCUCCUCUGACAAUGUAUGCAUAAGUAUGUUUUAUUCAUCUGUGUUCGAACUGCAUACAGUAUACUGUUGCCAGGGGGUUAACUGUACUGCCAGCCAAUUUUGCGCUUGAAAAAAUUAUGUUUUUGUUCUCAAAGGUGCCCUCACAAGCGUCCUGAAUGGUGUCAUGCUAUCUGUAAAAGCAAGAAAAGCCCUGCAUCACAGGACUCAAGGCAUGGGAACAAAGUAUGCUGACAAUAAAUCAACAUAUGUGUGUCAUGUAUGUUUUUGAUGAUAAACAUUGAUUCCUUUAUUCAUUCCUGUAUCAGAUCUGCCUCAGAUGCAUUUUUUUCUUAACUUUUUUGGUUUCUCAGUCUGAUCGCUACUCUCUCUGAUGUUGUCAUGUGUUGUACAUAGGUGAAAAAAAAGAAUAUUUUACAAAGCUUUUAUGUAAAUAUACCCUAAAGGAUGUGUCUUUUUUCAAAAUGCAACAGGCUUUUUUUGUGAACGCUCCUCAGAUGAAAAGCUGUUUUCUUUUUUUCCCCUCUUAUGUUGUGUUUUGGUCCAAAGUUCAGUGAUGGUGUAAUAUUGCUUUUUCUAGCCAUUUGCUUUCCCUUAAGAAAAUCCAUGCCCUAAGGCUAUUUCACAGCAUUUCAAUGGAGGCAGUAAUUACGGCAUUAGUGUGCCUUCUCUUUUUUUUCCCCUCCUCCUUCCCCCCUCGUAGCCCAAUGCCGCUGCAGCAGUGUAGACCAUCAAAUGAAUGUUUGAUUGUGACGUUGCUGCUUUUUUUUGCCACAGAACAUGUCAGGAGUUUGAGUUUUAUCAGUGCGCUGUGAAUUCUGGGAAAUGUAGUCGUAAGACUGUGGGUUGUAGUCGACGACACUGGACAAAAACAAACAGCAGUGUAUAACUACCUAGUACAGCUAGAUGUCAGGUUGAUGCUGUAAGUCUUGAGUACAAAUUACGGUGAUGGGCUGCAGAAAUUAGGUUUAAUGCCAUAUAGUGCAUCAUCACAGAGGUGUGUGUGUGUUGUCAGUGUGUAUGUGUGUGCGCAUACAUGCAUGAGCGGGUGAAUACACUUGUCUACAUGAAUCAGGUUGCAUGUGUCUGCUGAAUGUAUCUGCACGUACUGUCAGUCAGUCUGUGUGUAUGAUGUAUGUGUGCCCAUUUUGAUUUUUCACAAUAAGUCUCCCAAUUAAGAUAAUAUUCUAAAUUAAAGAGUCAAUAUCUUGCUUUUAUUUUGUCAUAAUUUACUUGUUCAUUUUGUUAACUAUUUAUAUUAGAUUAACGUGUGUUAUAGAGUACACUUUCUGGCUCCAUGAUGCAUUAUGCGGCUCUGCAAAUAAUAUAGGUUACAGAGACUACAUGCCAAGUAUGAAUAUAGGAGUGUUUCUCUUUGAGUGUGGAGUGAGUUGGCGAGAGCUCUCACGCUGAGUUUCGGAGUGCGUUCCGAUAGGCAAAACCUGAUUAUGUAGUUCUCGACAGUGAUUAAUUCCCCAGGCUGCAGCACUCCACGCAUGUGUCUGCAGGCCCCACUGCCGCUGCCGCCGCCGCCCCCUCGCCGCUGUUCCCUGCCUCUCAGACUCCACUGGUUUUUAUCUCAGACCUCGUAGCGCUGGCUUUGUUUUCUCACAGCGAGCCCUUGUACCUGCAUAUCUCAAAUGGAUGGUCCUGCCAUGGAGUGGUUCCGCUGCCUGUUACGAUGACUGUAAAUAUGGGAGCACAGUGCCUGGAGGCUAUACGAUUUGUACAUGUUCUUUUGUAUUUGAAUAUGAGUCUAAAUCCCCGAACCACCCCCCCACCUACCGCUCUCCUUUCCUCCCCCUUUCCUUUCUGUCUCCUCCGCCAUGCCUUUUUUUCUGUAGGGGAUAAAACAGGUGUGUUUGAGCUCAGUGUACAGUAUGUGUCCUCUUUGUCCCCAUGCCCCCUGUGUCCCCUGGACUGUCCCCGCUGAGUGUGCUUUGUGCAGGAGGUGGGAACUAUUGAUGUCUCUCUGUACGUACCUGUGGAACACUUGUGACUCCUGUCAUUUGCCGCUGUAAAUAAACAUGUCCUGGUAGAAGAGA